CAAGGCACUUGCAGGCUUUUGGAUAUUCUCAAGAAGGAUUAAAAAAGUAUUAACCUACCUUUCUUUUCAUCUGAAUCCGUCGGACUCUACCACCAUCACACAUAAAUUACCCCUCGGGAUGGCUCUGCACCGUCUUUCCCCUGAAAUACUGUCACUCAUUUUAGAGAGCCUCAACUCUCCUAUCGACCUCUAUCAUCUCGCGUCCGCAUCAUGUGCAUGCUGGCGGGUUUUUGUCUCAUUCCGAAGGCUGGUGCUGUCGUCGGUCCUCAAAAAUGCCAUUCAUCUAGAUGCUCUGCCUCACGCACUCGCUGUGAUCAACGCACCUGCUGCUGUGCCCGGGUCGCCAACACCCAAAGAGAAGGAAGUUAUCGUGUUUCUAAAUAAAUAUCGCAAUGGCUGGCGUCUCGUUCCCUUUCCAACUGCAUGGGAUGAUAUCGUCUGCCUCAGUCGGCUCUACAUGCGCGUCACUCGACUUGUGGAUGAUUAUGCCACCCAUGCCCUCCAAGCACUUCGGACAAUUGACAGGCCCAAGCGCGACCUCAGCGUCUGGCCAACUGAGCUGGCGUCAGCUGUCUCACUUUCGCAAACAGAGCGAGCCCGGUUCCUGCGAGCGUUUUUUCGCUUUGAGCUCUAUUGCAAGCUGUUUCCGGUGGCGUUUAGGAAGGAAAGCUGGUCUUUGUUCGACAAGAGGGCGCAAUUUGAGCUUUUCCUUGCCCGACUCCAGGGCUGGGAGAUCGAGGAGUUGGCCUGUGUCCAUCAGUAUCUGGCCCUUCUAGUGGAUGAUCUCAUCAAAGAACUGGAGGACCAGCUUGUGUCGACGGUCCUAUCCUGUAAACUUUUGUCUAGCGAACUGAAUUCGAACCAGGAAGACAGCGAACUGGUCAGCUUCAAUCCUUUGGCAUUGCGCGGUAUGGACUUGUUUUCUGAGGAAAGGAGGCUUCACUUAGAACAGUGCAUCAACUUUCUCAGUUCGCUCGGUCUAGACUUUAUCUACAAUCUUCUCAUUGCCGACAGAGGAGUCCGGAAGCAAACUAUCCUCGCGCAUGUCGGUGUUCGGCGGGAGUUCCUUCCACAGGCUCUCUCCUCCGCAGACAAUAUCGAGCUAAUGAAGGAGCCCACUUGGCUAUUCGAAUCGUCGGCUCGCUGCAAUCUGGGGUGGGUGGAAUUUAGACGCUUCAAGUUCGACCGCUACCCUGACAGUUAUGGGAGCCCGCCUCUCCGGGCGCAAGGAUAUGUCUUUUGGGAUGAGCGCCGAAUACAUUCGCCAGGGGUCGCGGAGAAGCUCGAUGAAGCUCAAGCCAUGGAUCAGUUCGAGGCAGAAAGAAUUUUCGACUGUAAAAGACGUAAGCGUCCGCGGGAAAUAUUGGCAGGCGUUAAGAUCCCCAGGGCUGAAAUGGAGCGCAUCGAGAAAGAGUUCGUGUUCACUUUUUGAUCUCUUGCCUGCAGAACCUAUGCCAUGUAGGUAGCGCAAGGUCAGCUUGAACCUACCGUCAUGAGAACUUCAAAGGAAUUCAUAAAUUUCUGUUCCCAAUGUUACGAC